CAAAACGGUUGUCUAAAAGCACUUACUUUAUCCGGUUUCGGUAGGAUUGCCCCUGAGGACGACGAAACGGCGCUUCGUGUUUGUGUCGUUCUAUUUAGAUAUGAUGUUUUCGGACCGUUAUUACGGCCCGAUAAGCCAGCAUUCCUGUUGAUAUGUUUCAAGGAGCACCGUAAAACACUCGUCGCCAUUUUUCCCCAGUCAAAGGUGACAGACUGUAGGUAGGUGGGGCUAAAUGACGAAAAAGGAGUGUUGCCUUUUGAUGACGCCACAGUCCAUUCGCUGCCUUUAUCACGCAGUUUAUUUACUUUUUUAAAAGAUAAAUCAGUAGUUUGAAGAACUCACAAUCAGGCAAUAUAAUAAAUGUCGUCACCUACCUAACUUAUGUUAGUUAAUUUUUGUAAAGGUUAUAGAGGUCCUGUGUAAUACAAGUAUUACAACUUCAACUUAGCCUACACUUGACUGGUGCUGGUUCUCCACGAGGUAGACAAGCAUUGCUUUCUGUAGGACGUUUGUAUACUAAUGAAAUGUUAACUGUGGAUGUAGCACUGAUGCAGAAAUACAAUACCCAUCGAAUAUAACAACCUUUACACUAUCGUCGCAAAAAUAGCUUUAGCACUUCUUUGUGGCGGAAGCGGCCGUGCGCGCUCUAACUCCGCGAGAACGCGCGUGGACGGGAAGUAGAGGAAAGACGGAAGACGCUGAGCCUCAACUCGACAACUUGUAGCCGCCAGACGAUAGUUAUACACAAUGUUAGAAAGGAACUUGUAACUUAUUUCGACAUAGAUUUGUUUUGCGCUGAUCCAAACCCCUCGUUGAUUUGUGUCGUCACCCGUCUUAAUAAUCUUUCUCCACAUGACCCGGUGACUUGCCAGUUUUCAAACAGACGUUGCCUUCCUUCAACAACCGCCACAAAGUCACGUUGGAGUGAGGCGUUGUGAAAGAUCGCAGACACACAAAAUAUACAGAUUUUUACCAGUGCACGCUCAGUUUGUUGGUUAAAGGUCUUGUGGGGGGAGUUGGGACCGAGGAGCUGACACCGAGGCCUUCGCUCGGAAAUAGGCUGCAUGUGUGAAGACCGCGGCCGAGAAGAGACUCACUCAUUGCUAGCGUAAUAGCUAAACAAAAAUGUCGGCCCAGGCUCAGAUGCGAGCUAUGCUGGACCAGCUCAUGGGGACGGGUAGAGAUGGUGACACCAUGAGGCAGAGAAUCAAAUUCAGUGACGAGCGGGUCUGCAAAAGUCACCUGUUGGAUUCCUGCCCUCACGACAUUCUGUCAGGCACUAGAAUGGACCUGGGAGAAUGUGUGAAAGUCCACGACCUGGCCCUCAGAGCAGACUUUGAGAUUGCCUCCAAGGAACAGGAAUACUUCUUUGAGCUUGAUGCUGCUGAACACCUUCAGUCUUUUAUCGCCGACUGUGACCGCAGGACGGAGCUAGCUAAAAAGAGAUUAGCUGAGACGCAGGAGGAAAUAAGUGCAGAAGUGACCGCAAAGGCUGAACGUGUCCAUGAGCUGAACGAGGAGAUUGGGAAGCUGCUUGCCCGGGCCGAGCAGCUCGGAGGGGAGGGGAAUGUUGACGAAGCCCAGCAGUUGCUGGAAAAGGUGGAAACAACACGUGCCAUGAAGAAAGAAGCAGAGGAUAUUUACAGAAACUCCAUGCCAGCUUCCAGUUUUCAGCAGCAAAAACUACGAGUGUGUGAGGUGUGCGCCGCCUACUUGGGCCUCCAUGACAACGAUCGACGUCUGGCUGACCACUUUGGAGGCAAACUUCACCUUGGCUUCAUCGAAAUUCGCGAGAAGCUUGAAAAGCUUAGAAAAGCAGUUCUUGAGAAACAAGAAAAAUUGCGAACGAAACGCAGAGAGGAACGUGAACGAGAGGAUGAGCGAGAGCGGCAAUGGGAGCUGGAGCGAGAGCGGGACAGGGAGAGGGAGCGAGAGUGGGAAAGAGAGAGAGAACGCAGGAGGUCGAGAUCCAGAAGCGCGGACCGAUACAGGGAAGGAGGCAGUUCGUCCUCGCACCGUUCAAGACGCCACCGGUCCUCUCGGCCCAGAGAGGAGGGAGGGGACCGGGAUCGAGACAGAGAGAGGAGGCAUAGACACAAGGACAGACACCGCUCACACUCGCACUCUCACAGGCACAAAAGAAAAAGGUCCUCCCGAGACCGAUCAUCUCACACCCGUGAUGUGGAGUCCUCGCUGGCCCAGGAGCGAAGACAGGAGGGCACCCCCGAGGAAUGGUGUGAAAAAAGGGCAGAGUACAGAGACUGGGAGGACCGGGAGAGGUCCACCUCCCCAGACAUGGCCAGACAGGGGCAGUGGGAGAGGUCCCUGUCCCUUGAACGUGAACGACAUUCCAGCUCAGAGGAGCGGGAGUCCGGGGAGAUAUGAAGUGUCUCUUGAUGUCAUCGCAUUGUUUUGUUAAAGAAUAAAGGAGACUUGAGUGUGUGCUCAUAUUAAAGGUGGCAUGUGUAUAUUAGCAGGGUGGAUGGGUUGAACGGUAAUGUGGGAAUGAGGGGAUGUUGUCAAGCAAAGCAACUUUUAUGACUUUGAACUAUGAGUGGUGUACAUUUAAAUUUUUUUACGCCAUUACCAACUGUUUACUUGGCUCACGAGGUGUAUUUUUCAUUAGUUCAACAUUCAAUGCUACUCAUUUGGAAUCUUAAGUUUCAGUCGAUGUGGCUCAUGGUACAGGGGUUGGCGAUGAUGAUGAAGUCCAGUUUAAACUGGGAUGGGAGACAUUUGUAUUUUUGUUUGCUUGCGGUCAAGCCAUAACAAUUGCAUUUGAUAAAUCUGGUACAAGCAUUGACUUUGCCUUUAAUUCAUGAUACUCACGAGUGCCACCACUCUAUAUGACGUUGCGUGCAUGUUUACAUCCUUCCAUGAUGCCGAGGGGCUGUGUGUAUUUAGGAGGUCGGGCGAGGGUUCUACUUUGCUGUGCUUGCAUAAAGUGAAAAAUGUUACCGCUUCAAUUUAUGCAAUGUGUUACAGACUUGUUUGCUACCCCUUUUUAAUAAAACAAAG